CUCACACACACACGCACAAACCUCUCACAUCUCUCUCUCUCUCUCUCUCCUCACUAACAAACCAGAAAAAAUGGCUUCUCUAACCCCAGGAAUCCUCCUCAAGCUCCUCCAGUCCAUGAACUCUCCGACCAAAGUCACCGGCGACCACCGCUCCGCCCUUCUCCAGGUGAUCGGCAUCGUCCCCGCCCUCUCCUCCGGCUCCUCCGACCUCUGGCCCAACCACGGCUUCUUCGUCCACCUCUCCGACUCCCUCAACUCCACUUACGUCUCCCUCUCCGACCGCGACGUCGAUCUCAUCCUCAACAACCGCCUCCACCUUGGCCAGUUCGUCUACGUCGACCGCCUCGUCUUCCACUCUCCUCUACCCCUCGUCUCCGGCCUCCGUCCCCUCCCCGGCCGCCACCCCUUACUCGGCUCUCCCCAAACCCUCAUCGCCCGGAUUUCCCCCUCCACCCGCAAUUUCCUUAUCCAGCCCCUCUCCGACUCCGACUCCGAUCUCGAUCCGAUUUCGAUUAUCUUGAAGCAAUCCGAGGAAGUGAAGAUCGAAGGGAAAUCGGAGAAGACGAGUAGCAGAUCGAGACAGCCGCUCGCGCCUCGGGAUAAUGUCCCGAUGACGGGGAAUUCCGAUGAUUCUUCUUCCAAGGGGUCGGCUAAUAGGCCUUCUCGAUUUUCGUCUCCGGCCGGUGCGAAGAGGUCGGCGUCUGUCGGAAAGAAGAAUUUUGCGACGCCGAUUGUGGCGCCGGCGGAGAGAGAUCCGUCACCGGCGGUGAAGGCUAAGCGGUCUUCGUCUCCGGUCCCGUCGAAGUGUGUGGUUCCGAGCUUGGUGGCGGCGCGGGAUGAGAAUAGGAAGUCGGCUAAGGAGCCGGCGAUUAUAGUUCCGUCGAGGUAUAGGCAGCCGUCGCCGAAUGCGCGUCGGCAGGCCUCGCCGGCGGCGCGGAGGGCUUCACUUUCGCCAGGGAGAAGGUUGUCGGGCGUGAGGGUAUCGCCGAUGGUGGCUGGCGCUGCUGAUUCUUCCGGUAAGAAGAAGAUGGCGGCUAUGGCUGCAGGGAUUGCGAAGGUCUCCGAGGCGAUUGCAGGUUCUGCGAAGAGUGGCCGAAAGAGUUGGGAUGAGCCAGGUGCUGCAAUAACCCCCUCUGAGCAACAAAAAGAGAAGAGCGUUUCCAAGAAUAAACCUGAUCUGCAAGCCAUUUUGCGGACCCAGGCUGCCAUUUCAAGACGUUUGAGUGAUGUAAGUCGCAAAUCCUGUAGUGAUGAUCCAACAACACAAGAGAAAAUAAAGUCUAGCUCGCCUGAAUCUUUGUUGGGGAAAGAAAAAACAACGAACAACGCGGGUCUAGCUAUAACUGUUCAUGAGAAGAAAUGGACUGAUGGGAGUGUUUCAUUGGAGACAGUCUCUACAGACCUUGCAAAACUUGGGAAGGAAGCCAUGCAAAGAAAAGUUCUUGCUUCCACGGCUGCAGCUGAAGCAUUAGAGGAGGCAAUUGCUACUGAGUCCAUUAUUAGGAGUUUAAGCAUGUUUUCAGAACUCUCGUCUACAUCCAAGGUUGGGAAUCCUCUACCAACUAUAGACCGCUUCUUUGCAAUCUACGAUGAUAUUGUAAAACACACCACAAUUGCUGAAUCCGUUGCCCAUAGCCACACCUCCGAAACACCCCGUGAUAAACUUAACAUUGCCAAUGAGCAAACAAACUCUGUUUCUCUCUGGGUUGAAGCUGCCUUAGCCACUGAUCUCCAAAUCGUCUCUCUUCUGACUACCCAAGUCAACAACAAAGCCCCAUCAAACCUGCAAAAGAGUAUGUCAAAACGACAAUCUUUUGUGUCAUCUUCCUCUUCUUCAUCUUCCAAGAACCAGUCCAAGAUCUCGUUGCCGCAAUCAAACACCGCUCAAUGGAAAAAGGGUCAUGGAAUGAAAGAGACGGUUGAGCUUGCAAACAAGCUGCAAUCUGAGAUGAAAAUGUGGUUUCUACGCUUUGUUGAGGAGGCCAUCGACGCUGGUUUUAGGGUUUUCGGUGAGUGCCGUUCUGAUGGAGGGAGAUUAUCCCUGGACUGUGGAUCCAUUGCUGCGGUUUUGUCGCAGUUGAAACGAGUAAAUGAGUGGUUGGAGAGAGUGGUCUCAAAGAAGGAUGAGAGGAACAGCGAGAAGGUUGAUCGGCUUAAAAGGAAGAUUUAUGGUUUUGUUAUUCAGCAUGUCGGAACAACUUUUGAUAAUAACAACUCAAUUUUCUUGUAAAAUCUGGAUUCAUCACGUCUUUCAGGAAUUGUUUCUAUUGUUUGUAAAUCCUUAUGACUCUCCGAGGAUGAUUUUCAUUGAUUUUUCUUUCUUCUAAAUGUUUUUUUAUUAUUUGAAAAUUGAAGUUGGCAUAUAUGAUCAGAGUUCUUA